AUGAUUGCUCAUGACAUUGCACUGAAAAUUAUCUUCUUCUCUCAGACUCUGGUUGGAGUGGUGGGGAAUUCCUUCCUCCUGGGUCUUUACAUCAUCACCUUCUUUGCUGGUUCCAGGCUGAGGACAAUAGACAUGAUUCUUACCCAUCUGUCCUUUGUCAACAUCUUGGUGCUUCUCUCCAAGGGGAUCCCUCAGACAAUGGCUGCUUUUGGGCUCAAUAAUUUCCUGGAUGACAUAGGAUGUAAAUUUGUCUUUUACUUUCAUCGAGUGGCCCGGGGACUUUCUCUAUGCACCACUUCCUUCCUGAGUGGCUUUCAAGCCAUCACCAUCAGUCCUGGGAGCUCCAGGUGGGCAAAAAUCAAACCCAGAGUUCAAAAGUACAUGGUUCCCUUUUGUCUCUUCUGUUGGGUCCUCCACAUGGGAUCAAAUGGUCCUAUUCUUGUCUAUAUGAAAGGCCCAAAGGGUCACAAAAACACCACUAGUAUACUGGAUUUUGAUUUUUGCUCUGUAUUAUUUAAUCCUUCAUUUUCUACCACAAUAUCUGCAUUCAUAAUUUUUCUACAUGAUAUCACAUGUCUAAUAAUUAUGAUGUGGACCAGUGGUUCCAUGGUACUUGUUUUGUACAGACAUCGCCAAAGGGUCCAAUAUAUUCGUGGUAGCAACCUCUUCUCUAGACCCUCUCUUGAGACCAGGGCUACCCAAUCUAUCCUGAUGCUUGUUGGUAUAUUUGUAUUCUUUAACUUAAUCAAUUCUGUAUUGACAGUAUAUGUGCAAUUUGCAAAGACAAAACUUUGGCUGUUGAAUGUUUCUGCCUUCCUGGCUGCCUGCUUUCCAGCUUGUAGCCCUUUUGUGUUGAUCUUCAGUGAUUCACAAGUAUCUACGUACUACUUGAUUAUUCGGGAGAAAAUAAAGCUUCCAUCCUUCAUUGACUAUUAG